UUUUCUCAUAAUCAAAAUCCAACAAUCUUCACGAAAAUUUCGCUUAAUACAGUACUUUUGAUUGUUUCUUGUUGCGUUAGCUCUGUUUUCAGUUUCAAUGGCGGAUAUGGAGGGAGAUUCUAAAGGAGUGCCGGAGAAGGAAGUUGAUGACGCAGAAGAGAUCAAGGUUACAAACGAGGAUAAUACUAAUAACGUAAUGAAUCAUCAGAAGAAGCAGCAUCGGGAGAAGAAGAAUAAGAAGAAGAAGAGAAGAUCGUUGAGUUUUCCGAGACUUGGAUGCUUGAGAACGGAAUCUGUUAAAAACGGAGGUGUCGAUAUGGAAGUCCAGUUCCCGGGAGAGCGGAAUGAUUCUACUCAUCUAGUUAUCAUGGUUAAUGGAAUCAUUGGAAGUGCUCAGAAUUGGAGAUUUGCAGCAAAGCAGUUUUUGAAAAAGUAUCCUGAGGAUGUUAUUGUUCAUUGCAGUGAGCGCAACUCUUCAACGUUGACAUUUGAUGGUGUCGAUGUAAUGGGUGACAGAUUAGCAGAGGAGGUCAAAAAUGUGAUAAGCCGUCACCCAAGUGUUCAGAAAAUUUCUUUUGUUGGUCAUUCAUUAGGUGGCCUUGUAGCAAGGUAUGCCAUUGCGCGGCUUUAUGAACAAGAACAAACUCAAGAAACUUCUCAAACAAAUGGAGAUUGUGGAACUGACCAUUUGGGAGAUUCAUUCCCCGAAGGGCAAUCAAAAGACAAAAUUGCUGGACUAGAGCCCAUGAAUUUCAUUACAUUUGCAAGUCCACACCUCGGUUCUCUGUGGCAUAAGCAGGUUCCAUUGUUUGGUGGAUCAUAUGCACUUGAAAAACUUGCUGCUCGAAUAUCAUGGUUGCUUGGCAGAACUGGAAAACAUUUGUUUCUGAAGGAUGGAAAGAAUGGAAAACCACCGCUUCUUCUCCGGAUGGUCAGUGAUUGCGAAGAUCUUAAAUUUAUCUCUGCUCUGCAGUCCUUCAGGCGUCGUGUUGCAUAUGCAAAUGUAGGUUUCGACCAUAUUGUUGGGUGGAGUACCUCUUCCUUGCGUAGACGAAAUGAGCUCCCAAAGGUUAAACAUCUUCCAAGAGUUGAUAAAUACCCACACAUCAUUAAUGUGGAGGCAGCAAAACCAGCUACACUUGAUGAAGUCCCUUCUGAGGUCGAAGUCGGUGGAGAUAAGAAAAUAAACAUGGAAGAGGAAAUGCUCAAAGGUUUAACAAAACUCGGCUGGGAACGAGUUGAUGUUUACUUCAAAGGAAGCCGACAAAGGUUUCUUGCACAUAGUACUAUUCAGGUUAAAAACUACUGGACUAAUUCGGAUGGAGCUGACGUAGUGCAACACAUGAUCGACAAUUUUCUCUUAUGAGAGGUCCAGAUUCUUUCUUUAUUACUGUACUACAAAAUGGAAAAAACUGUCGGCGUGAUGUUGAAACAUGGAAAUUUUAGUUCACUUAGUAGUGGUAGCCAUUAACGAACGCAGAAGCAGAUCGAAUACCCAUUAUGUCAAAAUCAUGAAGAAAGGUAUUAGAACAUGUACAUGUAAAUUUACUAUUGGCAUAUAUGUAUAGGUAUUUAAUAGUCGUAGCUGUCUUAUGUCUUCAAAUAUUGUAAACAUUAGGCAAGUUGAGACUUGAGAGGCUCAACAUGGCUUAUUUUCAGUCAGAAAAUAAGGUGACAGGUCAGAGUCCUGGCGUGGCAGAUGG